AUGUGUGGAUUCGUGUCAAAGAAGCGAAAGACGUCUCACUUGCGACGAGAUAGGUACGAAAAAAGGGUUUCCGACGCGGCGCGGCCCACGAUUCCAGCUCCAGACGCGAUGGUUGGUGGGUCGAAAUGGCAUUUUGUGCAGUCAGACUCGCUUAUUGCUCGUUUUUUGACUCCAUUCACACUGCACCAAUGUGACGAAUCAGCCGACUGUGAUUACUCGCCGUGUCAAACGUCAGUCGUGUGUUGUUUAUGUGCGAGCGUAAAUCUGCGACACACAAAGAAAAACAUCCAACUCGAGGCCCGACCCACUCGUGACUGUGGCUUCUGCGCCGGUGUUCGUUCUCAGUUGCCUUCCGUGAUGUGUAACACGCCGGUCACUCCAUCUCCAUCAAUUUAAAGACGACUUAAUGCGUUCCUGGUGCUGUUCGACAGUCAAUUGGAACCAGAAAUUGAGGAAAAAGCGCUUUUCUCUCCCUCCUCCUCCUCUCACCUCAUCGUCGUGUUGUUUUUGUCGCUGUCAUACGCCAUCUGUCCUACGUCUCACAUCAACUCGGCGCGCUGUCAUUGGUUGGAAGUGCUGGUUGGGUCUGGCAAUCGAACCGACAUUAAGGAAGAGCCGAAUUCACGUAGGCCUAGCGACGGCUCACAGAACGACGCAAUGUGGACUCGAUCGUUUAGGGUCAGGCGACAGGAGGGGGGAUGUGCUCGAUACUCCGCGCAGUUACGAUCGGUAAACCAGGACGUUGUAGACGUGGUUUGGCGCAAGGCGAUCCGUCAAAUUGAGGCUCGUGCUGCAGAAACUGCUGUGCGCGUAUGUGCGAACGCCCCCCUCCCCUUGGCUGUGAAUACCUCACCACGUCCCCCUAAUCUCCGAUCGGAGCCGACCAGACACCGACAGAACGAUCCCAUUCCUCUCCCUACCCUCCCCCUCUUCCGCCCCUAA